AUGAAUAAGACACCUCACUCCCUGCUGUUUCUGUGGCGCCGACCACUGCUCCUCCUACUGCUGUUGUUUCUGUGCUGCGCCAGUGUGUGUAUUGCGCAGAAGGACGGCGGCGACGCGCCAUCGACUGGUGUUGUGCGGGAGUUGCCCCGCAAGGGACGGAGUGGUGUGCAGGCGUACACCGUCGCCACAUCAAAGAGGCAGUUGAUCCGCAUCAAGACGUCAAUGGAGGAUUUGAAGGACAAUACGUUGAACAACAAAUCUUUGAAAGACAGUAUUUUGGAUGGCGAUAAUUUGGAGAGCAGGAAGAACUACUGCACCAACACGAACGACACGGCAAAGGGCAUGGAUGGAUAUAAUUUUAUCUGCCACAACGAAUCUCUCCUAACUGAAGAACGGAAAACCGUUCUGAUGGACAAAAUCAUUCCUGCUGCAGUCCAACUGCACGCUGAGCGUCUGCUCGUUGACCCUGAGGGCACUCCGUUGAUUAUACCUCGAUUUACUGAAGGUGCUUGCAGUCUUUUCACUGUUCCUGAGAACCACCACAACCCAGGUGUUGAGAAGGCUGACUUUGUACUCUACGUGGCCGCGAAACCUGGUGGUGCGUUUGGUAUUACAUGUGCUGAUGGACGCUCUGGACGUCCAAUUGCUGGUGGGCUGAACUUUAUUCCAUACCCAACAGCAAGUACUCGACCCAACGUUCGCCAGGCUGCCCACCAUAUUGCACACGCACUUGGCUUCGACUACGAGCGGAUGAAGAGUCUUGGCAUGAUAUCCAAAAUCAAUGUGCGUGGAGUGGAGCGAGUGGUUGUGAGCUCCAAUAUGACGAAGAAAAAGGCACAGGAACACUACGACUGCAGUGAUCUUGAGGGUAUGGAACUGGACUAUAAAGACUCGAAUCAAAGUGUGUCAUCCACGUGGUCAUGGCGCAAUGCAAAGGAUGAGUUGAUGAGCUCUUUACAUGCGCUCGCUGGCGCCUACUACACUGCUUUGACGAUGGCAGCUUUCGAUGACAUGAAAUAUUAUUCUGCCAACUGGGGAAUGGAGGAGCCGAUGAGUUGGGGCAACAAGUCUGGAUGUGAUUUUAUUCGAAAAGGUUGCCUCACGGACAAAGGGGUCUCGAAUUAUCCCAAUGCAUUCUGUACUGAUGAGAGGCUGCGUUGUUCAUCUGAUCGCUUUGGAAUUGCAAGGUGUUUCAGUGUUGAUGUGGAUGAAGUACAUGAGGACCCAACAGGAUCUUGUCCUGUUUUUCUUUCACCUUUUCAUAUGGAGUUGAGCGCACCACUUCAUUCUUUCCCAUGCACUGAAUUAGAGGAGGGUAGUUUUCUGGGUUUUUUGACGGGUGAGAACUCGAUGUGCUUGACUACAGAGGAUUACAAUUUAGAGCGUGAAAAUGGAACCGAAAAAGUGACCGAAAUAAUGAGUGGUGUGUGCGCACAGGUGUUGUGUGAUGAAAGCAAUCGUAAAGUGAAAGUAAAGUACAGUGGCUUAUCGGACUUCCAAGAAUGUCCUGAAGGAGGUAAUAUAACAGUAAGCUCUUCUUCCGCGUCAUUGAAUUUCAAGACAAUCUACUGCCCCAAUUACACUGAAGUGUGCACCGUUGCCUCCGAUGGCAGCAGUCUUCAUCCACUUUUGAACCGAUUACCCUACGCAGAAAACACAGUUUCUGGGGCACAGGGACGGUUGAGGGGAGUCAGGGCUUCAGUAAACCAUAUUGUUGUACCAAGGUCCACAGCAGUCGGGUCUCAUGACCAGGGUGCCCUCGUGGAAGGGAAGAAGGACAUUGCCCACCGGGUUGGUAUGAAUGGUAACUCCGCAGCGCAUUCCCUCUUACACGCUCUGCUUCUGGCCGUCACUCUUGUGGUGGUGGUGUCUUUGUGA